GGAGACGUCUAUUUGUUUGGAGGUCGUAUUGUUCUGCUGUGUUCCACGUUGAUUUCACAUUAUACUGCAGGUUUCACAGCUGACGGACCGUCAGGAUUGUUAUUUGUUGUGUUUGGUGCAAUUUUACUAAGAUUUCAAGAUGUUGCAAGAGGAGAAUAUCUACAAUUUGAUUCCUAGAGAGGAGGUAAAGCCUCCAAAACCAGCAAGGUAUACGUCAAAGUUCAAGCAAAUGGCUCGAGAAGAAAGACAAGAAGGGAAGUCGGGUUACAAGACAAUGGGGCAGGCCAAGGUUCCUGUGCCAACCACUGAUAACUUCCUUAAGAAACAUUCCAAGGAGCCAAAAUUACCCCCUAGAGAGCACGUGUUUGCCGGUGAACCCUUCACAUACCCAGACGCGGACAGACGCAGACCACCAGUUCCACACAAAGAGGACAAACCUCUCAUGGGACUGAGGACAACGAAGAACUUCAUCACCAAUAAUGCUGUGGGUAAUAUCAUGUCCGUCCCUAAGAAGCCAGACAAGAACUUUGUGGACACCAGGGGAGGAGAUAAGUGGCCACUUGAUCCAUCUGGACUGGAGCCUAAGUUUAUCCACAAGAAGGAUUUUGGUCAGACACCAGGAUAUCUUGUGAAGCGUAACAAGGAGGUGAUUAGAGCACAGGAAGAGUAUGAAGCUUACAUCGCUGAGCACUUCCGUCGUGGGGCCAUGAAGCAGCUCUCCGAGGCCGAGAGACAAGUCAUUCUUGCGGGACUCAAAGCAAACUGGGAGGAGAUUCACCAUCAAUAUCAGGGGCUGUCUGUUGUCACAGAUACCGUGCCCAAGAAGAACCGCAAAGAGCGCAUGGAGGCGGAGAUGAAGCAGUUAGAAAGAGACAUUGAAACAAUAGAAAAGCACAAAGUCAUCUACAUUGCAAAUUAAGUGGGACAUUUUUUUUCUAAUUUCAGUAUUUAUAAACUUCCACGAAAUCAAGUGUAUAUGAAAGAGCAAUCUUUUUCAAUGCUUUUGUUACAUGUGUUACUGAAUUGAAAAUGGAAGGAUUACUUGUUAUAACUCCCUAAAAGUAUUAUUAUUUUUUCUGGUUUACAUCUAAAAAGUGCCUUUGAUGAAACUUUUAAUUUGUGAAAGCAGCAAAGCAAUCAUUCAUUUUUGAACCUAUUUCACAUCUGGAAAAUCUGCUCAAAGACCUUGUUGUCACGUACGCAUCAUGUACACAGUAUUUCUUGGUGUAGGAGUAAUAAUUUCAUGGCUCAUUUUGUAAAUAAGUCAUCAUUGUCAUUUGUAAGUUUGCCAACUUGUUUUUAUGUUAAAUAUAAACAUAUAGUAUGUACUGUUAAUGUCAUCAACACUCUGAAAACAAGUUGUUACAGUAAUAAAUUUUACAUGUAAA